AUGCUGAUCCUCAAUCAUACCAAUGCUCAGCCUCUGACCUUCUUCCUGACUGGUACCCCAGGCCUGAGAGCAGCUCAGGUCUGGAUCUCCAUUCCCUUUUGCCUCCUGUAUGUCAUCGCCCUCUCUGGAAACAGCAUGAUCUUAUUGGUGGUCCUUCGUGAGCAGAGCCUCCAUGAGCCUAUGGACUACUUCCUGUCCAUGCUUUCAGCCCCUGACCUGAGCUUGUCCCUGUGCACGCUUUCCAUAACCCUUGGUAUCCUUUGGUUUGAAGCUCGAGAGAUCAACUUGGAUCCUUGCAUUGCCCAAAUGUUCCUUCUCCAUGGAUUCACUUUCAUGGAGUCUGGGGUUCUGCUGGCCAUGGCCUUGGAUCACUUUGUGGCCAUCUGUGACCCACUGAGGUACACCACUAUCCUUACCAACUCCAGGAUUGCCCAGAUUGGCAUGAUUGUGUUGACAAGGAAUGUGGCUGUCAUGUUACCAAUCGUGCUGUGUGUCAAGAGGUUGUCCUUCUGCAGCUCCCGGGUACUUUCACACUCCUACUGCUACCGCGCCAAUCUCAUUCAGCUGUCCUGCACAGACAACAGAGCCAAGAGCAUCCUUGGUCUGGUUGCACUCUUCUCCACCACAGGGUUUGCCUGCCCCAUCUUGCUCUCCUAUAUCCUGAUUAUCUGGUCCGUCCUCAGCAUCGCUUCCUCAGAGGAGCGACAGACAGCCUUCAGUACGUGUAUAUCCCACGUCAGCGCAGUUGCCAUCUUCUACAUCCCUCUCAUCAGUUUGUCUCUUGUCCAUCACUAUGGCCGCGCAGCACCUGACUUUGUCCACACCAUCAUGGCCAACGUCUUCCUGCUCGUCCCUCCUGUACUCAACCCUAUCAUCUACAGGGUCAAGACUAAGCCAAUUCGAAAGGCUAUCAUCAAGGUUUUCAUUCAGAAGCACUGCCAAUCCUGA